CUAGAUCUACUUGUAAGAUUAAGCUAGAGGGAAGUGAAUCGUCACAGUCUCGUUUCUAGAUCUAGAUAGAUUCUAGAUCUAUAUAAAUAUAAUCUAGAUAUAUUAUUAUAUACCAUAGAAUCUACUAUCUAGUCUAGAUCUGCAGUGCCUACAGAAACAGGUGAUUCUCUAAAGUGACAAGUCUAAAGUAAAAACUGAUUUUACAAAUGGCUCACCAACUCAUUGCUGAUGCUAACAAUAAGUUUGGCUUGGACCUCUUUAAACUGACUCAUAAUGGAAGCAAGGGAGAGAAUCUGUUCUUAUCCCCUUUCAGCAUAUCUCUUGCCCUAGCUAUGACUCAAGUGGGUGCCAGAGAAAAGACUGCUCAGGACAUGGCCAAGGCCUUGAGAUGGGAAACUGAGGAGGAAACUAAAAUUCAUGAGCAGUUUCAGAGUUACCUCAAACUGAUUCAGUCACCAACGGAUGCUUAUCAGCUGUCUACAGCCAACAGAUUGUACUUACAACAGAGCUAUGUGUUUUUAGAAGAAUUCAAGAAUAAAAUUAUUACAUGGUACUUGGCAGAGCCUAUAAGUGCUGACUUUGUCAGCAAUGCUGAAAAUGAAAGAGUUCAAAUCAAUGACUGGGUAGCUGGCCAGACAAAUAACAAAAUCCUUGACCUUUUGGCUCCUGGAGUACUGGACAGUCUGACUAGGAUGGUGCUGGUUAAUGCCAUUUAUUUUAAAGGUCAGUGGAACAAGAAAUUUAAAGAGAGUGACACCAGAUCUUUGCCUUUCAAACUUUCCCCUGGACAAACAAAGAAUGUGCCUAUGAUGAUCAUGACCAGUGAGUUCUCUUAUACUGAUGAUCCAGACCUUAAAGUUACAGCUGUUGAAAUUCCUUACAAGGGGAAGGAGCUAGGGAUGGUCAUUCUUCUUCCAGACGAAGACACUAGUUUGGAGAGUGUUGUUAAUAAUUUGACAUGGGAAAAACUUAAGACAAUUUUUGAUGGCCUAGCAUAUCCUGGUAGUAAGGUCAAGCUCACACUUCCAAAGUUUGAGAUGACUUCAAGUUUGGAUUUAAAAUCUCUUCUUUCUUCUUUGGGAAUGGAAGUGGCCUUUAAUGUCAACUGCGCUGACUUUAGUGGUAUGACGGGAGGAAAAGAUCUUUACAUAUCUGCUGCGGUUCAUAAAGCAUUUAUUCAGGUAAAUGAAGAAGGCACGGAGGCAGCAGCUGCAACAGCUGUGGUCAUGAUGAUGAGAUGUGCAGUGCCUCAACCUCCUCCCAUCACUAUUGACCGUCCUUUCUUAUUUCUAAUCAGGGAUAUCCGAGCCAACAACAUUUUAUUUCUUGGUCAAGUAACUGACCCAUCUCCUUAAGAUCACGUUUAUGAAACAUAAUGUUGCUUUUAACAAAUUUUAUUCUAUCUCCUGAAGCAUUUAAUAUGUUAUUUCAAAUAGUUUUAUUUUAUUCUGUAUUGUUGCUUUGUAAUUUAGUUUUUUAGAGAGUCAUGCAAACUAAUUGUUGACUCUUUCUCUGGCUAGAUGAGAUCAUUUCACUUCUGCUCAUCUCAUACUUGUUACUGUUUUAGUCUCCAACGUCAGACCUUAUAUUGUAUAACUGUUAAGCACAAUAAACUUCAAUUGUUUCUUUUCUCUUUUACUAAUUUACUUAUAAUUGUAAAAUUUCUAUCCCUCCCAUAUACUAAUUAGAUCUAAUAGUAGUUAGGGGAAAAAAUGAUUUAGGUAAUAAAAAAUGUUCCGUUCUAAAAAAAUAGAAAGUUUUGUGGGUUGUUUUUUUCAAAUUCGGCUCUGACCACUAACAAUCUAUAGACUUUCACAUUUAGUUGAUUUGUAAGUAUUGAGUCUGUCACACAUAUAUUUUUAUUGCAAUUGAUAAUCUGCAUACAAUUACUUUUUUUUAUUGAAGUGCAGUACUUCUGACAGAUUACCUUUUAAUGUCUUAUUUUAUAUUUUAAUCAUUAAAUAAAUCUACAAAUAUAUUCAUAGUACUCUUUGCUAGUAUUGUGUUGUGACUUGUCUUGAGAAAACAUAUAUGUAUAUAUUGGUUGGUGGGCUACUAUAAGCAUUUUUGUAUCAUUAAAAUAAUUCAUACUAGUUUUUUUUAUAAUCAUCUAAACCAUUGGUCUUCAACCGCCCUCUUUUCUUAUAUUUUCUCUUUUAAAAAUCUACCAGUGCCCCCCUCCCUUCGCCUGGACUAGAACUAGCAAGAAACAAAAGAAGACAAAUUUAAAUAAAAUAUCAUUUAUUUAUUGAUUUUCACAAAGUCACUAACAAAGUUCUGGGAUAUUAUAAAAUUGUUAAUUGUUAUCUAGAAAUAUUAUUAAAAAAAAACAAUUAAUAUCUCAAUAACAGAGAAAAUAAUUAGCUUUGAAUCAAUAAAGGUCAAUUUCUUUCCUUGCAGUCACAGGUUCAUUUAAUUCAUUUAUGUUAGUUGUCAGCCAUGUAAAACCAAUUUUAUAAACCUUCUAUAAGUUAUUGCUAACUGAUUAAUCUUCCUGUUUUCACAAAAUUUUUUUUAUUUAAAAGCAUAACAAAGAAUUUCCUUUAGAAAGCCAGCAAACCUCAGUGUACAUUAAGAGUUGGACUUGUUAAUAAUUUGUUUCACAAGACUGUUAUUAAGAUGCAUUAAUUUUAGCAUUGAUUUUUAUUUUAUUUACAGUUUUUUAUAAUGAGAUUUAAAGGGAUAGGUAAAAAUGAAUGAGAUUUAAAUAUGAAUGAAUUUGUGGGCUAAAAUUUUUGUUACCUGUGAAUCACACAAUUAUUAUGUUUUUGUUUUAGAGCACCUCCAGUUUCUUCUUUCCUCUCUAUGUUUCCUUUAGGGCAUUCCCUUAUUGCCCAGCACCCCCCGCCCCUUUUCACAAAAUUACCCUGGGGUGUUUUUGUCCUUGUUGAAGACCACUGGUCUAUACUGAUGAUCGAGGAAUGAUAAAUCAAUAUUUGUACAUUUUUAAAAUCACUUAUUGUAAUUAUAUAUUCACAGCAUUUCUGUUACAAAAAAAAAAGCAUUAAAAAUUAUAUUAUUUUAAACGAAUGUCUAGUACCGGUAUUCUUAUUUUAUUUAUUUCACUAUUUUAAAAUUUCUUUGCAAAAAUAUGUUGCUAUAAGUGAAUAAUAGUGUUACAUGUCGUUAUUUUUGUGUCUUUAAAUUGACAAAGAGCUUUAUUCAUUCUUUAUUCUUUCAAAAUGGUUUUGUUUACAGACUUCAUUUUUUUAUACAAUUCAUACAUUUUACUUUGAUUCAUGUUUAUAAGCUCAAUUUUGUUGUUUGUUUACUGAAUAGUUAUUUUGUUUCUAGAAGAAGGAAAUGACAUAUCAAUCAUUUGGAUGAUUUCUUGCCUACCUUCCAAUUGAUUUUUAAAUAUUUUUCGACAUUUUGUUUUACCUGUUGCUAGGGUUUAUAAAUUUCUGUGAUAUAGGGUUACCAUAUAUAUUUUAGAACAUUCAGCUAUAGAAAAGACUUUUUUUGUUAUUUAUAAUUUUUAACUACAUUUAUCUGGCAAAAAAAGGCUAAUGCUUAUACAAUAUAAUGCUAUUACUUUUUGUUUUUAUUAUUUAUUUUUACUUACCAAGCAAUAAACUUACUAUAUUUUAAUUAUAAAUAUUUGUGUUCUAAAUGUUUAUAGUUUAAAACUAUUUACUAAAAUGCUUUGAAGUAUUCUCGCACUUUACAUUGUGUCACUUGCAGGGUAGCACUACACAAGUAGCUUAACCUUGAACCUUUCAAAAACUAAUUCAGUUAGAAUAAAAUUAUUCACUACUA